GCGGUUUAUUGCUUCCUUCUUGCCAGUGAUGUUUUAUUGAUUGCUGCAGUCCUGCUUGUCGAUGAUGAGUUGCUUAUAUAUAUAUAAGCCAGAUCUCGAACAGGUCCAUGACAUUACAUUUGGAAUAUUCGGCUUUGCUCGUUUCAGGCAUGGCUGCGACAUUCACAGUGCUCGGUUUCAUAAUGAUCGCGGCGAUGGUGCACACGUGCACCGGCUCGCCGCUGUUACAGUCAGCCCACGAGGCGCAGGAGGUGUCGGAACCUCGCGAGAUCGGGGGGACGCAGGUGCAGCGAGGCGCUCGGAGUCGUGACAUGAGAACGGAGCGUUUUGCACCUUUACCAGAGGACCAGCAGCGCUUUACGUCCAAGCAGUUACUGCAAGCUCUGUCGGAAAUGAUCCAGCGGGACGACUGCAUUUCAGACUAUCAGGGCUGGGUGGACUUCGGGCGUCGCAGUACGGACUGAAGUUUCUAAUAAACGAUCAUCAUCUCUCUGCAUUUCAUUAAAUUUAUUCGAUUUAAUGCAACCUCAAACUUGUAGUUCACUUUUGUUUUUGUUUUUUUGUAUUUUAUAUAAAAUGAUAUAUAUGUAAGGAAUAACACACACGGAGGGCCGUGCUGUUGCAGAAAAAUAAUCCACACUGGAUUGGGUUUUUUUUUGCAUAUACGCCACAGUGCAGCUAAAUGCUCGAAUCUGAUUGGUCUGAUUGGACAUAACUGCUCGGAAAGUAGUUCCGGCUGACACGUUAUUGAAUGAUGGGUUAAUAUCGAUGUGCUGGUUUUAGGACACAGUUAUCAACUAGGAUAUGAGUCUUGAAGGCAAGUGCUUUGUAACAGUCAUGGUGCUUUGCAGAGUUUCCCCGGUCAGGAAGGCCUUCAGGACAGGGGAGAUUGUGCUUUCCUGUUUCUCUGUAAAAUGACAAUUUGCAUUUUAAGAGACAGACAAAGAGAGCCAGAAAGGUGACAUCCGAUUGGCCACCCCGGGUGCCACCCCAACAUUAUAUUCACUACUGGAAGUAGCUGAUGCUGACUGACACAUCAUUUUUUUAACGUUUUCAAAUCAAGGACGAGAGAAUAUGGCUGCAGGAUACCUAGAAUAAGAAAACAUCAUAUUUGAAGUACAUUUUUUAAGGUUUAGCAUCAGGUUUGUUUGCUGGAUAACUUUUAUGAGGCACUGGAUGUGUUAAUAAGGCUCCAACAGGCUACCUGUAAUGCUAGGAUGGCACAUAUAAAUGAGGCGAUACAAGCAUGGCUACACACCUAUUAUGGUUUUGAAACACGCCUAAUUUUGUUUAAAAGGUCUCGUACAAUAGAUUUACAUGCAUCCGAGGUCAAAAAAACACUUUAAUUUAAACUCAUAAUUUAAACUGCAGCAUUGCUGUUUUCCCCCCAGUGUCACAAACGACUCGUUAAAUGAUCCGUUCUAAAGGAUUCAUUCUAAACUCGUCCUUUCAGAGAGCAUGCUCUGCUCUGAUUGGUCAGACGUCCCAGUCUGUCGCGAUUGGUCUAGCGCUGUCAGCGAGCAGCCGAUGAAGACCAGAGGCGGGGCUUUUUGUUACAAACCUACGUAGGUUAGUACGGGAAGUGAGUCUGGAAUCACUAACGACUCGAUUCAGCUGUUCAGAAUCGGUUCCUUCUUUUAGGAGUCGAUAACGCCGUUUGUCGUGCGCUUUGAUUUAUGAAACUUUUCGGACUUUUUACAUUCACAAACAGCUCGAUAGUCACCUGGUCACAUCUCUCUCUCAGUCUCCCUCUCUCAGGUAAUAUCUGAAAAACCAUAAUAGGUGCAGAUUAAGAUAAACAUGUUGGUAAUUGGUUGAUUAGAUGUAACCAUAGACUGUCUUAUUUUUGCACAGGAUCAAUUAAAGAUGAAAAGAAAGGGAGAGAUAUCAGAGUUCUUUUUAAUGAAGCCCAAGCAGGCAGAUCAGGUGCAACCAGCCCUGUCUGCUCGAUGCCUGCUGUAUCGAAUUACAUUGUCUGGGUUUUGGUUGUUUUUUUGUUUAGAAAUUUGAGAUUUUAUGUCAAUAAACUCAGCAGUUCAUGUAACAGA